AUCUUCAAUCCCUCUUCCUCCCUCCCUGUUGUUCUCCUUUUCUUUGAUCGCUUCUUUGCUUUCUUGCUUUUCUUGGCCUUGACUUGAUAAAAUCGAGAGCCCCUUCCGCUCCCCGAAAGAUUCAAUUCAACCCCGCCUCUCUCUUCUCUCUUUCUCACCCAGUCCACCAAACCCCCAUCAACGACAAACAGCUAAACCAUAAAAGACUGUAAGCGUUUCUGUUCUUGGCUCCCCAUCUACCCCCUCAAUCUCUCUCUCUCUUGUUCUUGCUCUUUCUUGUUCUUGAUAUUGUUGGAUUCAUUCUUUUGCCGGCAAUAGCGGAUUCCCCGGUCGUGCCUGGGAAUUUGGGUCAUCUUGAUUUCGGGUCAAGAAUUGGAGAAUAAGGUUCUUUCUUGAUUCUUGUUGGUGGGUCGGAUUCUGUUUUUCUCAAGAUCUGGUCCUGAGCGUUAGCGAGGGAGCGGAAACCCUGCCUACCCAUCUCGCGGGAGGUGGGAAUUGUUCGGUAAUUUCGUUAAAUUUCGUGUCUUUUUUGGGUGAAUCAAGAAAUGGCGACGGCGGCGAUUUUCUCGUCGCUCAGGCGGCGGAGGUCGCCGUGCCUGGAGGCUUUCUUGGCCCCGGUGGACCUCAGCGACGUGGCCCUCAUACAAACCCUGGCUUCCAUCUCUGGCGAGCUGGUGUCGUGCUACGCGAGCAGGUCGCUCUUCUUCCAGCGCAUGAACUCGCGGUCCUUGGUCCGCAAGAUCGAGGUCUUCGUCGUGCUCCUGGAGUUCCUGCGGGAUGGGAGGUCGGACUUGCCUUCGGCCGCGGUCCUCUGCUUGAAGGAGCUGUAUCUGCUGCUGUACCGGUCGAAGAUAUUGCUCGAUUACUGCACGGAAUCGAGUAAGCUGUGGCUCUUGCUCCAGAACCAUUCGAUUUCGGGUCAUUUCCACGAUCUGAAUCAGGAGAUAUCCACGCUCUUGGAUGUUUUCCCGCUGAAGAACCUCGAAUUGAGCGAGGAUGUUAGGGAGCAACUCGAGUUGUUGCAGAAGCAAUCGAGACGGGCCCGGUUUUAUGUUGAUAAGCAUGAUGAGGAGCUGAGAGUUCAGCUUUUCGCGUUUCUGAAUGAGUUUGAGAACGGGCGGAUUCCUAAUCCAGUUGAGUUGCGGGUUUUCUUUGUGGAUAAUUUGGGCAUUAGCAACGCAAAGAGUUUUAGGGCUGAGAUCGAUUUCUUGGAGGAACAGAUUAUGAACCAUGAAGGGGACAUCGAGCCUCCGGCUUCAAUCCUUCAAGGUUUCGUUGCGCUUACCCGCUUUUGCAGGUUUCUUUUGUGUGGAUUCGAGGAGGACGAUGUUGGAAUGAGAUGCGGAAAUAAGAAGAAGCAGAGAAGAGGGUUGAUCACGCAGGAAAUUGCUGAUACUUUCAUCACAGUUCCUAAGGACUUUUGUUGUCCGAUAUCGUUGGAUUUGAUGCAGGACCCAGUUAUCGUCUCGACGGGCCAGACAUACGAUCGGAGAUCGAUAGCCAGGUGGAUGGAAGAAGGGCACUGUAACUGUCCCAAGACGGGGCAAAUGCUUGCUCACAACCGUCUUGUCCCGAACCGGGCUUUGAGGAACUUGAUUAUGCAGUGGUGCACAGCUCAUGGAGUCCCCUAUGACCCCCCAGAGAUGAUAGAAACAUCAGCAGAAGCUUUUCCGGCGGCUUCGCCCUCCAAAGCUGCCCUUGAAGCUAAUAAAGCCACGGCAAAACUUCUCGUUCAGCAGCUGGCAAGUGGGCCUCAGGCUGCGAGGACAAUCGCUGCCAAAGAGAUCCGAUUGUUAGCUAAGACGGGGAAGGAGAACCGAGCUUGCAUUGCCGAAGCUGGGGCGAUUCCCCAUUUGCGGGAAUUGCUUUCAUCUUCGAGUCCCAUUGCCCAGGAGAUUUCCGUCACGGCAAUGCUUAACUUGUCGAUAUACGACAAGAACAAAAGCAGGAUCAUUGAUGAGAAAGGAUGUUUGCAGUCUAUUGUGGACGUCUUGAGGAUCGGCCGAACCACAGAAGCAAGGGAAAAUGCUGCAGCGACAUUGUUCAGCCUCUCAGCCGUUCACGACUAUAAGAAGAGAAUAGCAGAUGAGGGCGGCGCAGUUGAGGCCCUAGCAGGACUCUUGAGAGAGGGGACGCCCAGAGGAAAGAAGGAUGCCGUUACUGCCCUGUUCAACCUCUCGACACACACGGAAAAUUGCCUUAAAAUGAUUGAGGCGGGCGCCGUAAAUGCACUGGUGGGUGCUUUGGAGAACGAGGUGGUUGCAGAGGAAGCAGCAGGCUCAUUGGCCUUAAUUGUUAGGCAUCCGAUGGGGGCGGAAGCGGUUGGAAAGGAGGAAACGGCUGUCUCGGGUUUGAUUGGGAUGAUGCGUUGCGGGACCCCACGGGGCAAAGAGAAUGCAGUUGCGGCAUUGCUCGAGCUGUGCCGGAGCGGUGGCUCAGCUGCCACGGAGAGGGUGGUGAAGGCGCCGUCUUUGGCCGGGUUGCUGCAGUCUUUGCUUUUCACGGGAACGAAAAGGGCGAGAAGGAAGGCGGCAUCGCUAGCGAGAGUAUUUCAGAGGUGCGAGAACGCGUCAUUGCACUUUGGAGGCUUGGGGGUGGGAUACGCAUUCGCGGGAAACUCUGCUGCGAAUAGGGAUUCAGGUUUCGGCAACGACGUCUCGGUACCGAUGUCGAUCCCCGUGUCCGUUUUGUAGGGGUAAUAACGGAGCUCUUGCUAUCUUCAAGUUUUCUAGUUCUUGUUCAUAUAUACGAAAUUCUUUUAUUGAAAUAUAAAGCUCAUGAGAGGAAUCAUAGCUA